CACUCCCUAGGAAUGCCACUUAGACCAUGAAGGUCGGCGGUCACAAGAGAUCUUCUAGUUAGUCACGCCUAAUGUCUCGUCUCUUCCGUGUUCCAAGCUGGUCCUGGUCGACCGUUUUGCUGUAUUCGUGCUUCUAGUCUGCGAAUGCGAUGCUGUCAGCUUAGCUUCCCGUGCCUCAGCCUUGCCAAGACUGGUCCUCGAUUCCAGACCAGUGGUUCGGGCUCCCGAACCUCCAGUCGCAGGCUCGGCUCGCGACUGUCCCUCAUUCCACGUGUCAGUAUCUCGCUACUGAUGUCGCGACCCAAGCACACUUUCUAGAUCAAAACGAAUCAGGCUCUCUAUCAGGCUUCCUGCCUUUUCUCUCGGUCAAGAAUCGCCUUUCCCCCCCCAUAAAUUCGGCAUCCCCGUGGGGGGAAUAGGCACCACGGAUAAGCACCAGUACGCGCGUGAUUCACGCUGACGAAUCGGCACCCUCACCCUCACCUAUUCGCUCGCCAUCAUCCCGGCUAUGGCGGUGGGAUCGCGGGGACGGCCUCGUCCCGCGAGCACCGGUCGGCUGUCGGGAGCCGUGCUCGUGCUCAUGAGCUGCCUCGCCACGCUCUACACUGGCGGAAGGCUAUGGCGAGACGUGCAGGUGCAGAAGAAGCUGCUGCAGGAGUCGAAAGACCUGGGAGCUGGAGGACAGUCGAAACAAGAUAAGAGCGCCAGGCCUCUUUCGGUUGAAGACAGCAUACUGACGCUCAAGCUCAGGGAGCUAGAGAAGCGCCACGCCAUGCUGCAGGUGCAGAUGGCGGAGGCCAAGACACGUGGCUUCAUCUCAGCCGUCGGAUCAGCAGCCUCGGACACCUCUGGAAGCGGAUCAGGAGGAGGAGGGGGAGGGGCGGACGCGGCAGGGCAUGCAGGGGCGGUGGCAGGGGGAGAGGGCGCAGCAGCAGGGGGAGGAGCAGGGGGCGCGGAGGGCGGUGGUGGGUCUUCUGGGGCGGGGGGGAGGGAGCGGUUGCUGGUGGCCGUGCUGGUGAGCACGGCGUUUGGCAACAGGCUCAGGCGAGAGGCCAUCCGCAGCACCUGGAUGCCCACUGGCCCGGCUCUAAAGAAGUUACAGGACGAGAUGGGGGUGGUGCUGCGCUUUGCAGUGGGCCACAGCUUGAACCGCGGUGACUCGUUGGACCGAGCAAUGCUGGAGGAGAGGGAUAAAUACAAUGACAUCGUCAUCAUGGACGAGUACGAGGAGGUGGAGAAGAGUGGGGGGCGCAAGGUGAAGCACCUGUUUGAAUACGCGGUGAAGCACUGGGACGCCGACUUCUACUUCAAAGUCAACGACGACGUCUACCUCAGCACCAUGCAGCUGGUGUCGUUCCUGCAGCGCCUCAAGGACCGCCCGGGGCUCUACAUGGGGUGCUUCAAGUCCGGGGUCGUCGUCACAGAGCCCAAUCAGCAGUGGUUUGAGCCAGAGUGGGCACGUUUUGGCGAUGGAAAACAGUACUUCCAGCAUGCAGCAGCGCCGGUCUAUGGCCUCUCUCGUGACCUCGCCCUUUUCCUUGCCUUCAACGGCCCGCUGCUGCACGAGUACUCCAAUGAGGACAUCUCAGUGGGGUCGUGGAUGCUCGGGCUGACCGCCACCCACCACAACGACCACCGCCUCUGCUGUGCUAGCCCUCCUGAAGAGGACUGUGGGCGGAGGAGGGAGGAGAACAAGGGUUGUGUGGCAGUGUCUGAUUGGCGCUGUGGGGGGCUGUGUGAGGCAGUGAAGCGGAUGAACGAGGUGCACCACCAGUGUGCCUGACUGAGGUACACUACAAGAGCCAGCACUAGUCUUGAGCUGAUUCUCAGUAUAAGCAGCUUGUGUGUGAAUCUAUAGCAGUGCAGGAUAGAUUUGACAUGAACAGUAAGCUCAGCUCAAAUUCUGUUGGUAGCUCAUCGGUGAUUAUUCCAUACCCAUGGCAUCUGACAAGAUUCAGAGAUUACUAACUUUAUCAAGGA